AUGUCUAGCUUUUCUGACUCCGUUGUCCAAUCUUCUCCUCUAAAGCUCAGCUCAAUGAACAUCACGGACAGCGUCCUCUUUGGACGUAACAGCACUUUCUUGGAGAACAGAAGCAUCGCUGCAAAUACAUUCGCUAAUGUGAGCAAUAUUACAAACACUACCGACUGCCCCUACCCCGAACAGCCACCGUCGCCGUAUGAAGAGUGGCAACAGAUCGUUAUCGCCGUCAUUUUGGGGGCGGUUGCAAUAUGUACUAUCAUUGGAAACUCCCUGGUCUGUAUAUCCGUGGCUCUUAUCAAGAGACUACAGUCUCCUUCCAAUCUGUUAAUAGUUUCAUUGGCAGUUGCAGACUUAUUUGUGGGUAUGCUGGUUAUGCCGUUUGCAGUGAUUCAUGAGAUUAAAGGAGCUUGGAUCCUGGGUCCUAUAGUCUGUGAUAUGUGGACGACUACUGACGUUCUCCUGUGCACGUCUUCUAUACUAAAUCUGUGUGCGAUUAGCAUUGACAGAUACUUCGUGAUAACUCGCCCGUUUCAGUACGCCAUGAAACGUACUCCAAAAAGAAUGGGUCUAAUGGUUUUAAUCGUGUGGAGUGUGUCUGCUAUAGUGUCUAUCCCUCCAGUUUUCGGGUGGAAAAGCGAGCAUAUGCCCUUUCUCUGCUACAUCAGUAAUGACAUAGGCUACCAGAUCUAUGCAACUCUUUGUGCCUUCUACCUGCCACUUCUAGUUAUGGUGUUUAUUUACUACAAAAUCUGGCGUGUCUCCUCCAAAAUUGCUAAAGCCGAAGCCAAAACUAAAAUUGGAAGUUUCGACAAAGGUGCUGAAUUCCAAAUUGGUCGCCCAUCAAAUGAUUCAGACGAUAGCAACAUCAUGGUCAAUGGGUGUUUGCGAGAUGGCAGCGGCAACGCAGAUGAUGAGGGCUCUCUGGAGAACUUUCCAAAGAAACUUGAGCCUGACAAGCAUAAAAGACGUUUUACCAUACGCUCAUUGCUUCCAAAGCAACACAAACUGUCAAACACGAAAGACAGGAAAGCAACAAAGACUCUUGGAAUCAUCAUGGGAUGUUUCACACUCUGCUGGUUGCCCUUUUUCAUACUCGUGCUUGUGAAGACGUUCUGCUGCAACGUUCCUAUAGCACUAGACAGUACGCUGCUGUGGUUAGGUUAUGCUAACUCUUUCCUCAACCCCAUGAUAUAUGCACGCUUCAACAGAGAGUUUCGCACCCCAUUUAAGGAGAUUCUGCUGUUUCGAUGUAAGGGGAUUAACUCCCGCAUGCGAUCGGAGAGUUACGUUGAACAAUACGGUCCAGUUGCUUCCCAUAGAGAUAGUCUUCGACCUCCAACGGACACUAUCGUUAGAUAUAACAGCCAAGGACAAACUGUGGUUGCCCUUGGUAACGGAUCAGUGAACGGUUCCAAACAUUCGGAGUCUAGAAUUUGA